GAUAAAUUGACGCCGACGCAAAUUUCUCGAACGCGCCGAACAGGUCGCAACCCGUGCAUCGCCCGCGACACGACAAUGACCAUUGCACGAUAGCGCCAGCUUCGAAUACCUUCUUCGCAAUGGAGACUCCUGCGCCGGAAGACUUCACCUCCAAGGAGCAAGUCAUCGAUCAGGUGCCCAAGCGCAUCCGCUCUCUCCAAUUCGGUCUUCUCAGUCCGCCUGAUGUCGUCUCACAAUCCGUCGUCCAGAUCGUCGACCGCAACCUUUACGACAUCAGUACCACGGUGGGAGCGCCUCGGACAUUGACGCGUCGUGGUCCACUGGACCAGCGAUUGGGCACAUCUUCGAAGAAUGGCAUCUGCGGUACGUGUGGGCAAGGAUUGAAGGAGUGCAAUGGUCAUUUCGGACACAUCAAGCUGGCUUUGCCAUGCUUUCACUACGGGUAUCUCAGGAGGAUUAUCGAGGCGUUGAAUUGUGUCUGCAAAGAGUGUAGUCGAGUCGUCCUGCCAGAGAUGGAAAAGAGAACAUAUCUUCGACAAUUGAGGCGCCCGGGUUUGGAUGGCUUGCGCAAGGAUGCGAUCAUCAAGCGCAUAGUCGCGGAUUGCCGCAAGACGAAGAGAUGUUACCAUUGCAACGCGUGGAAUGGGCCGGUGAGAAAGGCCCCAGGCAACCCAGUUCGGAUGUUUCACAACAAAUUCUUCACCUACACGAGUUCGAACGCCAAGAGCAAGAUCAAGCCGGAUGAGAUGCAGACGUUUGAACGAUCGUUUGAGGAGGCAAUCAAGGCGAACCCUGAAAUCGAUCGCCACAUGAAGCGUGUCGUGGACGAUCUCACACCGUUGCGCGUCCUGAACAUCCUCAAGAAUGUGCCAAACGCCGAAAUCGAACUCCUGGGCAUCGAUCCUAGCAAGGGCGGACGACCCGAGUAUAUGAUCUGGACCCAUGUGCCCGCCCCACCGGUCGCUAUCCGUCCAUCUGUGGCUCAGGAGACAGCAAGCACCGAGGACGACAUCACGAACAAACUCGGCGAUAUCAUUCAGAUCAAUAAUCUCAUGGUCGCUGCUCUUCGUGCCGGACAGUCACUAGCCAAAAUCAUGGAGAUGUGGGACUUUCUACAGAUUCAACUGGCGAUGUACAUCGAUGGCAACAUCCCAGGACUGUCCAGAGAUCCGGCAUACGGCAAGCCUAUGCGCGGAUUCUGUCAACGUUUGAAGGGUAAGCAGGGUCGUUUUCGUGGAAAUUUGUCGGGUAAGCGUGUCGACUUUUCAGGACGUACCGUCAUUUCCCCAGACCCGAACCUUGCCAUCGAUGAAGUUGCCGUACCCUCACGCGUGGCUGUCAACAUGACUUAUCCUGAGAGGGUCACAAAACACAACCUCGAAAAGCUCAAAGGCUGCAUCAAAAGAGGCGACAAACUCCAUCCUGGAGCCAAUUAUGUCGUCAAAGGACGGACCGGUCGCCGCAUUGUUCUCCGAGCUGUGACACAGAAAGGUGAUCUCAAGAAACUGGCCGAUCAGCUCGAACUUGGCGAUGUCGUGGAACGACAUCUUGAGGAUGGCGACAUCGUUCUGUUCAACCGUCAGCCAUCGUUGCACAAGCUGUCCAUCCUCUCUCACAAAGUCAAAGUGCGACCUUGGAGAACAUUCAGGUUAAAUGAAUGCGUCUGCAAUCCAUACAAUGCCGAUUUCGACGGUGACGAGAUGAAUCUGCACGUUCCGCAGACCGAAGAGGCGCGGACGGAGGCCAUCGAAUUGAUGGGCGUGAAGAAUAAUUUGGCCACACCCAAAAACGGAACACCCCUUAUUGCCGCUAUCCAGGAUUUCAUCACAGGUGCCUACCUCAUCAGUCAGAAGGAUUUGUUUUUCACGAGACGAGGAUUCACUCAGGUGGUGAAUUUCAUGUACGUGGGGAUGCAGGUGCGCGACCCGGUCACCUUCAAAGAAUACCCUAUACAAAUUCCACCGCCCGCGAUUUGGAAACCACAGACUCUAUGGACAGGCAAACAAGUCUGGAAUAUGCUGAUGAAGCCGCAUCCCGACUACCCGGUCAACGUCAACCUCGAAGCUAAGCUCAAGCAAUACGCGCCACCGAAACGACCAGACGCCAUACCUGACCUCGUCGAAAGCGACUCAUAUCUUGUUAUCAGGAAUAGUGAGACUAUGUGUGGUGCGUAUGACAAAGCCACUGUAGGCGAUGGCAAGAAAGACAGUGUGUUUUACGUGAUCAUGCGUGAUUUUGGCGCAGACUAUGCUGCGGCAGCCAUGACUCGUCUUGCAAAGCUCUCAGCUCGCUGGCUCGGUGAGCGAGGUUUUUCGAUUGGUAUUAGCGACGUCUAUCCUAGCGACAAGCUCAAUGCACGAAAACAAGCUCUUGUCGACGCAGCCUACAAAGCAUGUGAUGAAGUCAUUGAUCUAUUCACCAAAGGAAAGCUCGAACGAAGUGCUGGUUGUGAUGAAGAACAAACCAUGGAGAUUAAACUUUCGGGUAUUCUUUCCACAGUCCGACAGCAGUGUGGUGACGCUUGUUUCGCAGAAUUGAGCCGAUUGAACGCUCCAUUGACCAUGGCCAAAUGUGGAUCAAAAGGCUCGAAUAUCAACGUCUCUCAGAUGGUCGCAGCUGUGGGACAGCAGAUUAUCGGCGGAAAGCGUGUGCUCGAUGGCUUCCAAGAUCGCACCCUACCUCACUUCCCGAAAGCAAGUCUGGAUCCUCUCGCCAAGGGAUUCGUCGUGGACAGCUUUUUUAGCGGCUUGACGCCGACGGAAUUCAUCUUCCACGCCAUGUCGGGCAGAGAAGGUCUCGUCGAUACCGCUGUCAAAACUGCUGAGACUGGCUACAUGUCUCGACGUUUGAUGAAGAGUUUGGAGGAUCUCAGCGCGCAAUACGAUCUGACUGUGCGAAAUUCGUCGUCCGGUGUGGUACAGAUGAAGUUUGGUGAUGACGGAUUGGACCCUGUUGACAUGGAAGGCUCUGCCAAACCUGUCAAUUUCAAUCGAACAUUCAUGCACUCCGUCAGUAUCACCUGGGACAACAGCGAGCGAAGCCUCACCAAGGAGGAGAUCGAGACAAUCGUGAAUGACACGCUCAACAAGGAACGGGCCGAGCUCACACGUUGGACGGACGACGGAAAGCCUCUGGAGUACAAUGAUCAGAGCCCUCUCGCCACAGAUCAAAAGGAAUACAGCAGGCAAUUCCUCAACGAUGUCACAGAUUAUGUUAUGGGGAAAGUCAGAGGCAUGGUCAGCUCGCAACAACGAUUUGCCAACAGCGACGGCAUCUUCAAGCUCACUCGCACCGCUCUUGAGACAUUCCUUGGUCUCUGUCUGCGAAAGUUCGAAAAGUCCAAAGUCGAAGCUGGGCACGCCGUCGGCGCUGUUGGAGCUCAAUCUAUCGGUGAGCCCGGCACACAAAUGACUUUGAAGACUUUCCAUUUUGCUGGUGUCGCCGGUAUGUCCAUCACGCAGGGUGUCCCUCGUAUCAAGGAGAUUAUCAACGCUAGCAAAACGAUCAGUACGCCUGUCAUCACUUGCGCGCUGGACUCAAAGUAUGAGGAGAUGGCGGGUCGAUUCGCGAAAGCGCUUAUUGAGAAAACCUACCUUGGUGAUAUCGUGGACUACGUCGAGGAUGUCUGGUAUGACCGAGGAUGCUACAUUAACAUGCGAAUCAAUUGGCAGCAAGUCAAGGACUUGGGUCUACGCAUCGACCUAUGGCAGCUGGAGGAAGCCAUUCGCAGGACCAAGGGCUUCAAGACCAUGGGCGUGCAAGUGCGCUCUUCCGGCUCAAACCACCUGCGAGUCAUGGUCUCCGGUCUAGACGACCCGAAAUCUCGCCGCAAGACCCCGUCAACAAGCAAAUGGAAGUCAAACGACGACAACUGCUCCGAUGUGCUCUUCACUCAAAUCCACCACCUCAAGCGCAAACUCCCCGAGGUCGUGGUGAAGGGCUAUCCCGAUGCCCAGCGAGCCAUUAUCAAAAAAGACGACAAGGUGGACGCCACCGGGCGCGAGCCCAUCUCGGUCCUCGUCGAGGGAUACGGCCUCCGCGCAUGCAUGAACACCGAAGGCGUGAACGGCUACCUCACCAAAUCCAACAGCAUCAUGGAAUGCAAAGAAGUCCUCGGCGUCGAAGCCGCCCGGAAGACCAUCAUCGACGAAAUCUCCUCCGUCAUGGGCGGCAUGGACAUCGACCCCCGUCACAUGCAGCUGCUCGCCGACGUCAUGACCUACAAGGGCGAGGUGCUGGGCAUCACGCGUUUCGGGCUGGCGAAGAUGCGCGACAGCGUCCUCCAGCUCGCCAGCUUCGAGAAGACGCCCGACCACCUCUUCGAGGCGGCGGCCAAGAUGAAGAAAGACGACAUCGAGGGCGUGAGCGAGUGCAUCAUCAUGGGCCAGAGCAUGAGCAUCGGCACCGGCGCCAUGACGGUCAUCCGCCCCUUGAACAUCCACGGCGUGGAGAACGAGUGCGCGAGCGCGGUGGACUUCGCUGCCGAGGCGAGGUCCGUCAGCACGGCGGCGAGGAAGGAGCGCCUGCGGCAGAGACGCAUGAAUUUCGCCGCCAAUCCCGUCGUCAACGGUCUGGCGGCUUGAGUUGAUUUCCGUGGUCUGUUUGUCACCCGUCCUGUCUGUAUACCCGCGUCAAGGAGACGCUGCUUGUUUUAUGAAUGUAUGAUAAUUGCUCGGAGGUUUCCUUCUCAUGAACGAAUAUGAUGUAAAUUUCUGUCAUUAAGUCCCGUCGCGCAGAAGGAUGCUACUCCCUCAUCUCCAGG